AUGACAUCGCUUCACGACCUCUACCCAAAGCACCGGGUCCAUGCCUCGUCCCGUCUACAUAGAAGGCGGUAUUCGCCUCAAUCUUUUGUCUACACCGUCUUGCUCUUCUCUCUUCUCGGUCUCGCCGGCUACGUCUAUCGCUCCGAUGCCGAAUCGACACGGCCUUCGCAACCACACACCGCGAUAAGCCGAAGAGAUGUCGGGACCUUUGCGACCACCGAUGAAGAGUGCCGACUCGUCCACAGAGCUACCGAUCAAUGCCACUACAUUACGAAACACUGUCCUGACGAAGACCCAGGCUUCUUGGCCUAUCUACAGCUCUUCUACUGCACCAUGCCGCAUGCCAAACCUAUCGCCUUUCUCAUCCUCGUAUCUUGGCUUGGUCUUUUGUUCAGCACCAUCGGCAUAGCUGCCAGCGAUUUCUUCUGCAUCAAUCUGAGCACGAUUGCUACAAUUCUGGGAAUGAGUGAGAGCAUGGCAGGUGUCACCUUCCUGGCUUUUGGAAAUGGCAGUCCGGAUGUCUUCUCUACAUUUGCAGCUUUCAGCACAAACAGUAGCAGUCUGGCUAUCGGAGAGUUGUUUGGUGCUGCUGGCUUUAUCACUGCUGUCGUUGCUGGUUCAAUGGCCUUGGUCAGACCUUUCAAGGUCGCCAGGAAAGCUUUUGUUCGUGACGUUGGCUUCUUUACCGUUGCUGCUGCUUUCUCUCUAUCCUUCUUGUGGGACGGCACGCUACAUCUGUGGGAGUGCAUCACUAUGGUUCUCUUCUAUGUCUUCUAUGUGGCCUUUGUCGUUGUUUGGCAUUGGUGGAUGGGCGUAAGAAGGCGUCGUCGUGAGCGUAACGCUGCUGUCAGGGGGCAUUACUUAAUCCCUGGAAGUGAGGAGAUCGAGGCCGAAGAGAACUAUCACGAUGUCGAUGACGAUGAAGAGGCUACCACUCGCCCAUCCUUUUCACCAGGCCCCUCGGUAGACGACUUUUCCGCUCUCGAGAGAGGGGCCACGCCAAUCGUCGUUGAGCCUUAUGAGGAUGAAGACGAUGAUGAGGCUAGAGAUCGAUGGCUGGGAGAGCUCAAAAGCAACAUGCGCUUGACAAGACCUGGCCCCGGCUCCCGGCGCAACACACUGACUCCAAUUCGUCCCAGUCUUGUAGGUGCCCUUGAGUUUCAGGCCGUCCUCAAGUCGUUACAGAAGGCUAGGUCCUAUCAGACGAUCCCCAUGCACUCCCGAAGAUACUCGGAUGACCCGACCUUCACUACUGUUCAACAACAAGAGGAACUAUCUGGAGCUUCCGACCCAGCUGCCCGACCUCCCUUCCACACAGCGACCGAUGGCACAUCUCCAGUUCUUGAACGACCUGCGCCCGAUGUUCUGAAGGGCAACGGAUCUGGGCGUACUCGUGCCGUCUCUGCGAACGAUGCUGCGCACUUGAGCAUCGAUCCACGCUUUGUUCAAAAGCACACCCCCAAUAUGCUGGACAUCGUGGAGGAUGAGGAUAACAGCCUUCGUCUGCCAUCCGUCCGGGCGGCUUCUUUCCGCAGUGUUCCUUCGAAGAGAUCCACACGACCUCAGACCCCUGAAGUUACUAUCUCCGACUUCGACGAUCGUGGGUCCGCUUCAAAACAAGCGGCCGCAUACUUCGAUCAGACCACUACUUCUGGGCAUACUCGCGCACGCUCUACGAGCUCAAUCAGUGUGCCGUUCAUAGACGUCUCUGAAGACGUGACAAUGUCUCCCUCGAAGAGGUCACGUAAUAGUAGUCCCAGCCACUCACCUCGCUCUUUUGGACAAGACCUCUAUAACCUGAAGAUCCCGGCAAGCAGUCACAUCUCACCCAACACUUCAGCGCCUUCAUCCCCCUUCCCGGCAUAUUACGAACCAACGUCCGCCAACAGCAGUCGGCCACCAAGUCUAUACCUCCCUGCUGCAAGCGUGUCCGUUGCGUCAUGUCCACUAACGCACAUUGACCACGAGGUAGAAGAAAAGCCGAUUCGCUGGUGGCCCUACAAGAUCCUACCCCCACCUCUUGUACUUCUGUAUAGACUCUUCCCAACCAUUGAACACUGGCGGGACAAGAACUGGUGGGAAAGGAUUUUGGCUGUAGUGGCAGCUCCGAGCAUGUUCUUGUUAAUCGUCACUCUGCCUGUUGUGGAGUCCGAUCGGGAAGAGGCAGAGGAGGAGGCCGACGUCCUUGACCACACAGGAUCCAAACCUCCAAGCCUCCGUGCUUUGGACGAGGACAGUCCAGAUGCACACUCUUCUGACUAUUUCCACCCUGCUGCAACGCCCGGAGCAGGAAGUGCUGCAGUCGCAACACAUAUCGAGCGAGAUUAUCUCUCGGUUCCUGGCGAGCAUGAAGCUCUCCUUUCUGCUGCCUCGGGCACAGCUCUACCAUCACUUCAUCCAUCAGGCGCGAAGAUACAACCUCAGUACUGGAACAGAUGGCUGACUAUUGUUCAGCUGUUCUUGGCUCCCUUGCUGAUUGUAGUCGUGAUCUACACGCAAUAUCUUGACGACACGGACAGCAUACGAUCCCUGGUACGACCGAUACUGAUAUCUUUGCUCGUAUCCUUCGUUCUUCUAAUUGCUCUGCUCUUGACCACAACGCCAACUCAUAGACCAAAGCCGUACAACACCAUCUUGUCCAUGGCUGGCUUUGUUGUCUCGAUAGCAUGGAUCUCAACGAUAGCCUCGCAGGUCGUGGCUGUCCUGAAAGCACUUGCUGUCAUCAUGAAUAUGUCGCAUGCGAUUAUGGGUCUCACCAUCUUCGCAGUUGGUAACUCCUUGGGAGAUCUGGUCGCAGACAUUACCGUCGCCAAGUUGGGAUACCCCAUCAUGGCGUUAAGCGCAUGCCUCGGUGGUCCCAUGUUGAACAUCCUGCUAGGCAUCGGUCUCUCGGGCUCCUGGAUAUUGAUACGAGGUGCGGAGCACAGACACGCAAAACAUCCAUCAAGGCCAAUCCAUUACCGCACUUACGAGAUUGAAGUUGGGCAGACUCUGAUUGUCAGUGGUGUCACGCUACUCGUCACGUUGAUCGGACUUCUUAUCGCUGUGCCUAUGAACAAUUGGGUUUUUAGCAGGAAGAUCGGCUGGAUCCUUAUUGGUGUCUGGUGCGUCAGUACUACCAUCAACGUCGUCCUAGAAGUCGUCGGAAUCGGCGAGUCGGGCGGCGAGAAGAGGAAGUCCAGGUGA